CGCACUCGCCUCCCCUCCCUGCGCCACGCCGCGGCCCCCUUAAGAAGCUGCUUGACGUCAGCCAACUGUGGAGCCCAGCGCUGCAGAGCCGAGGCAGGAGCGCGCCCGGCCGGCCUCGGCUUCCCCAAUGACUAGACCUCUGUGAGGCGCAGCACAACAGCAAAGAUGGCCGGAACACGGACCUUCCCGGAGGGGAAGAUUGCCGGCCUCUACGAUCUGGAACGCACCCUAGGCAAGGGCCACUUUGCAGUGGUGAAGCUGGCACGGCAUGUCUUCACAGGCGAGCGGGUGGCGGUCAAGGUGAUCGACAAGAGCAAGCUGGACGGCGGGGCGGCUGCCCAGCUCCUGCAAGAGGUGCGUUGCAUGAAGCUGGUCCAGCAUCCCAAUGUGGUGCGCCUCUAUGAGGUCAUCGACACCCACUCCAAGCUCUACCUCAUCCUGGAGCUGGGUGACGGUGGGGACAUGUUCGAUCACAUCAUGCAGCACGAAGGCGGCCUCGGGGAGGAGCGGGCCAAGCACUACUUCGCCCAGAUCGUCCACGCCAUCUCCUAUUGCCACCGUCUCCACGUGGUGCACCGUGACCUCAAGCCCGAGAACGUGGUCUUCUUCCAAGAGCAGGGAGUGGUCAAGCUGACGGAUUUUGGCUUCAGCAACUGCUUCCAACCGGGCACCAUGCUCACCACCAGCUGUGGUUCCUUGGCUUACUCGGCCCCUGAGAUCCUGCUGGGGGAUGAAUAUGAUGCCCCCGCUGUUGACAUUUGGAGCUUGGGCGUCAUUCUUUACAUGCUGGUGUGUGGACAGCCACCUUUCCAGGAAGCCAACGACAGUGAGACCCUGACCAUGAUUCUGGACUGCCGCUACACUAUCCCGUCUCACGUCACCUCACAGUGUGCAGACCUGAUCUCUCAGAUGCUGCAACGGAACCCACAGCAGAGAGCCUCCCUGGAACAGAUCGAAACCCACCCAUGGCUGCAGGGCGUGGACCCCUCCCCAGCCAGUCGCUAUCUCUUGCCUCUAACAUCACACAAGCGGGUCUCGGAGGAGGAGCACGGUAUCAUCAUCCAAGCCAUGAUGUGCGGCAACAUAGCAGACCGGGAAACCAUCCAAGAAGCACUGGAGGCCAACCACUACAACCACAUUACUGCCACCUACUUCCUGCUGGCUGAAAGGAUCCUGCGUGAGAAACAGGAGAAGCAAAGCCCUAGUCCCAGCCUGGUUUACAACCUUGCCCAGCACGUCCAGAGCAGAACCACGUUCAGCACUAUGAGCGAUCUGAGCCACCCCACAGUUUUGGUGGAUGAAAGCCCUCAGCCUCUGACCAAGAGUGCUUUGGAGAACUUUGCUGAGCAUUCUGGGAAGUCCGUCCUGUCCUUCUCCGCUCUGGGAGAAAACGAGUCCCCUUCCAGCUUCCACGGAUGCGGGCAGCCAAUCAGAGCGCUCAUUCGGCCCUCCCUCAUCGAGACCCCCAUUGCUAAGAGCACUCCUGCCUUGCAGCAGAUUUCAGAGGAGGAGGAGGAGGAAGAGGAAGAAGAGGAGGGGAAGCCUGGCCUCUUCCGAAGGAGAACCUCCUCCUUGAACCAAGAGCAGAUGAGCGAUUUCCAGAGUGCCAAGGCUUCCCUUCUGUUCUGCCGAAGUCUCGCAGCUCACAGCAAACUAGCGAAGGCUCCUGUGGCGGGGUUCGCCAAGCAGCGCUCCCUUGAUCAGUCGCAUGAAUCUAGCCUGAACUACGUGGCUCUACAGAGGCCUCUGUCCCUAAUAGACAGCCAAGGCUUUUGCCAAGAGCUCCUGAGCCAAGCCGUGCAACUGGAAGGCACCAGCAACUUCAAGUUGCAAGGGGAGAAAAGAACCCCUGAAUCGUCCCCAGAAGAGACCACCGAAGAUAAGCUGUGGUUGGACGCCAAGGAGGAUACCAAGGAGGAGGAUGGUGGCAGGGCAGUCGUGAGCCCCAGCUUGGUGGAACCACACAUAGGGAAGGAAGAGGACAAUAACAACACUCCCCAAGAUGGACAGGGCCCCGUUAGAGAGAAGCUCCUGAAGAAGGAGGCUGGGGUCCAUGUUCCUCGGAAGAACGAGGCUCUCACUCAGGGCCCAGCUGCCCAGGCAAACACAGCCUUGGACCCAGAAGAAAAGUCCCCCAAACCAGACGGGAACCUUGAGAUGGGACCACCCAGUAGGCCAAAGCACUUGAGCGACAGCCGCGGGAACGGCAGCCCCAGCGGCAGCGAGAGUUUGGCAGACAACAUUAUCAAGCUCGAUCCCGCCAAGGGCAAGAGUGCCAACCUGAAGGACCGGAUCCUACAGUUCCCUCUCUGCGAGAAGGCCCUGGCCUUCCGGAUGCGGCCCGCCUCCAAGGAGAGCCUCCUUUCCCUGGGACAGUUCAACUGCUGCCACGUCAUCUAGGACCCACGUUGCAUUUGCACGAGAGAAAUAGACCGUAGUGAUGAAGGUGAUGACGAAGGCACAGGCCAGAGGCAAGAUGUUGGUUCCAUUCCCAUGAUCCUCUGCUCCCCCGGAAUGGCUGCUGGCAGGAUGGAUGCCCCCGCCUGCGUGAGAAUGCAUUCUGACUCUAGUUCUGUUGUAUCCGCUUGAACGAGAUGGAAUGAACCAAAACGGCUGCCCUCCCUCUUCCCUCCGCUCCUCGCUGAUACUCUCCAAACUCAGCAGAGCCUCCCAAUGCAUGCUGGGCCUCAGUCCCCUCCAGAGGACAGAGAUACCAGGAGCCUCUGCCAUCACGUGCCGCCUGUUUUGGAGUCCCAUGAUUUAGAAGCCAGGUGGUGGUUGUGAUCCAGCCAAGUGAAGCUGGAGAGAGGUCGAUGGUUUUAAAGAGGCCUCAAUACAGGAGCCCUCAAGCCAAGUUUGGGUUACUGCAGGCCAAACUCCCUCAGAGCCAAAAACUAGGAGUCAGGCGUACAGCUCCCUGGUCCUGAUAUGCCCAUCUACAGAAGCGCUUGGGAAAGAAUCCCAUGGUGCAAUGUGGUAGUAACCCUUUUGUUUCCCUCACCAAAAGAGCCAUUUUCCUGCUCUUUUAUGCCCCCCCCCCUCAAUAACCCUCUGUUGUAACAUAACUCAGAAAUGGCCAGUCCUGCAACUUGGGUGUCUGGGAAUUUAUUUAUUGGAAGAAAACCAGAGGAGUCCGCUUCAAGAGCUCCUUUUGCUGCAUAAAAGUCCAUGCAGACAGAGGCCAAGGAAACGCCUACCCUUGCCCUGCUACAAAGCUUGAGUAGUUCUAUUCUUUGCCUGCAGGCCCCAGUCUCCCUGUGCCUCUUAUAGGCCUCUCUGGAGCCUUGAAAUGAUAGCUGAACUUCCCCCUGUCCCUUGCUCUCAAAAAAAGACCAAAGU